GCAGCAGCUGUCAUUUGUUACAACAAAGCCAUAAACUCACCCCACUUCUCUCUUCUGAUGUACAGCAAAUAAUAGUUUGCAACUGUCGGAUUCUCUCUCUCCACCACUCUUUCUGUUUAUUAUCAUUAUUAUUACUAUUAUUAUUGUUAUCAAUAACCUUUUUAUCAAACACCAGAAACAUCAAUCUUUCCUUUCUUAUAUUGAUGGAAGUUGACGACAGAAUCAGAAAACCAGAAGACAGUUUUGAUUCUGCAUGAACUACAUUUGAUCAACAAACCCACGCUCAGAAUCUUGUUCAUAUAUACAUAUAUAUAUAUAUAUAUUACAAAAUAUUAUUAAUGGCGUACCAACAUUAUCGAUCUCCAUUUGGUGAUACAACUUCAACCAAAGUGUUUGUUGGUGGGCUUGCUUGGGAGACACAGACUGAUGAAAUGCGUACGUACUUUGAACAGUUUGGUCACAUACUUGAAGCUGUCAUCAUCACUGAUAAAAUCACUGGCAAAUCUAAGGGUUAUGGAUUUGUAACUUAUAGAGACCCGGAAUCUGCAAAACAGGCUUGUCAUGAUCCCAACCCUAUGAUUGAUGGGAGAAGAGCUAAUUGUAAUAUCGCGUCUCUUGGUCGGCCUCGUUCUUCUCCUCGAGGAAGACAUCAAGGAGGAAAUAUUGGAUUUCAAGGGAUAAAUACAACGGGUCAAAACGCGUCAGCAUCUUAUAGCGGGGUGGCACAACCACCUCUAGGUCCUCGUCCGCCACCUCCACCACCACCUUCUAUCAUGUAUCCACAAUAUGGGCAAUGUACAAUCCAGCACUUCAACAGCCAUACUAUCAUCAAAUGUAUGGGCCCACAAGUCCAACAGUCUCCACACCUUAUUAUUAUGCUCCAACACACAGAGGAACAUUUGGUGCAACACAGGCGCAACGUAUCCAAGGACCUUCUUAUCUUUACUAUCCUACGCCUCAGAUGGACCUGUCAACGUUCCCUGGCUAUCUUACGCCAUCACCUCCACAAUUGUUACUCCCCACGACACAUCAUUUUCCUUCUCCCUCUCCCACUGGGUCACAGACUCAACAAAAUACAACUGAAACAGAAGGUGGUGCAGUUACUUCGGAGAGUCCGAACACCUAAAACUGAUGAAAAAACAUACACAUGGUCUUAAAAAACAGACAAUAAUGUUCAUCAAUGGCCCUUCAAGUUUCUGUAUUCUUCAAAUUUUCUGAAAGAAUCAUAAAUAAUCUCUCUUUUGGUCACAUGAAAGAUGAACCAUUCCUACCUGACUACGCCUCGUGCUGAUUAUUCUUUUUCCUCAAAUUCAGAAUUACAAUUCUUUUACUCACUUAUUUAUCUCUGUUGUUAUUUGUAGUAAAUCAUUGUAAUAUUCUUUUUUACCAUAAAUAAAGAUUCAAGGGUUUAAAAUU